AUGGCGGCGAUGCCUAACUUGGUUUACACGAUUCAAGCGGGCACUGCUGCGACUAUUCAUGCUAUGGGACAAAUAGGGCAACCAGCCGAGAGCGAAAAUGGAGAAGGGACUAGGAACAGUUUAGGUGAUGUCCUGAGAAAUCUAGCUGAAUUUUUGAAAAUAACUUUCUAUAAUAAGUUCUUUCAUGAGGUACUGAGAGAGGUCAGAGAGUUAGAGCUCAUACGGCUAAAGCAAGGGGUCAUGACUGUUAUUGAAUACACCAGCAAGUUUGAGGAACUCUCCAAUAACUGUCGCCAUGGAGGAAACCAAAAUGCAGGUGAUACAGAAUCAGAUCCUCUAAGGAGAGACGACAUCCUAGUUUACUCAAAGACGGCGGAAGAGCAUGAAGAGCACAUGAGAAUUGUGUUGCAAAUCCUGAAGGAGUGGAAAUUCUAUGCCAAGUUGUUGAAGUAUGAGCUUCGGAAAGAGGAAGUCAAGUUCUUAGGCCACAUAGUGAGUAAAGGUGGAAUAGAGGUGGAUCCUUCAAAAGUGAAGGAGGAUGGCAAUGGGAGACCUAAUACGAGAGAGAUUACCAAUAAAUGCUUGUGA